CCCGGUUCCGCCGCGAUGCCCAAGGCCCGGCGGGCUCGGGGCUCCGGCGCGGCCCCGGCGCUGCCCUUGGCCGAGCAGAUCCUGCAGGACGCGGCCCCGCGGGCCCGGGCUCGGCGCGGGGCGGAGGAGCCGGGCGGGGAUGGCGGCGGGGACGAGUUCGUGGACGCGCGGCUGUCCCGGCGCAUCCUGGAGCAGGCACGGCGGCAGCAGGAGGAGCUGGAGGCCGAGCACGGCCCCGGAGCGCCCGCAGCGCCCCGGCAGCGCGGUGCCCUUCUCGGGCCCGGCUCGGAUGAGGAUGAGGAUGAGGAGUGGCCCUCGCUGGAGAAAGCGGCGGCGGCCGCGGGACGGAGCGGGGACUACGGCGGGGAGGUGGAGGUGGACCCCGAGGAUGAGAAAGCCAUCGAGAUGUUCAUGAACAAGAACCCGCCGCUGAGGCGCACCCUGGCCGAUAUCAUCAUGGAGAAGCUCACGGAGAAGCAGACGGAGGUGCAGACGGUGCUGUCGGAGAUCUCGGGCUGCCCCAUGCCCCAGCUCGACCCCCGUGUCCUGGAGGUCUACAGAGGAGUCAGGGAGGUGCUGUCCAAGUACAGGAGUGGGAAGCUCCCCAAGGCGUUUAAAAUCAUUCCUGCCUUGUCCAACUGGGAGCAGAUCCUCUACAUCACCGAGCCAGAGACCUGGACAGCUGCUGCCAUGUACCAGGCCACCAGGAUAUUUUCCUCCAACCUGAAGGAGAGGAUGGCCCAGCGCUUCUACAACCUGGUGCUGCUGCCGCGCAUCCGCGACGACAUCGCCGAGUACAAGCGGCUCAACUUCCACCUGUACAUGGCUCUGAAGAAGGCUCUGUUCAAGCCUGCAGCCUGGUUCAAGGGGAUCCUCAUCCCGCUCUGCGAGUCGGGCACGUGCACGCUCAGGGAGGCAAUCAUCAUCGGCAGCGUCCUCAGCAAGUGCUCCAUCCCCGUCCUGCACUCCAGCGCAGCGCUGCUGAAGCUGGCUGAGAUGCAGUACAGCGGUGCCAACAGCAUCUUCCUGCGCCUGCUCAUCGACAAGAAAUACGCGCUGCCCUUCCGCGUGCUCGACGCCCUGGUCUUCCACUUCCUGGCCUUCCGCACGGAGCAGCGCCUGCUGCCCGUGCUGUGGCACCAGAGCUUCCUGGCCCUGGCCCAGCGCUACAAGGAGGAUCUGUCCUCGGAGCAGAAGGAGGCUCUGCUGGAGCUGCUCAAGUUCCACAGCCACCCCCAGAUCUCGGCCGAGAUCCGCCGCGAGCUGAUGAACUCCGGGACGAGGGACGUGGAAGGGGAGCAGGUGGCGGCCAUGGAGUGAGCAGGGAAAGGCUGGAGGGAGCCUGGGCUGCCCCUGGGAGCAGCUGGGAGCCUGCAGCAGGAGAACCGCC